GAAGAUAGCAUUCAGCCCCCACCCACAUGUUGUUCUCCGAUAACACAGUCAAGGGAAAACACCCCCACUACUUUGCACCCUUUACUACUACUUCUAGUUUACUUCGCAAAGAAGGAAAAAAUUCAUUCUCUUUAUGAAAUCUAUGUGUUUCUUUCCUUUCAUGUGCAGUAUCUCACAAUGCUGUCUAAGAAGGAGAAAGAGCUACUUGAAAAUGAAUGGGGGAAACUGACUCCUGUGGCUGAAUACAUUGGAGCUGAUGCGCUUCUUCGAAUGUUUACGACCUUUCCCGGCAGCAAAACGUACUUUUCCCACCUAGACAUCAGUCCAGGCUCCGAUCACCUCUUCAUCCACGGGAAGAAAAUUGUCCAAGCCAUUGUUGAGGGGGCCCAAAACAUCAGCAGUUUAACAGAAACUCUGGCACCACUUCAGACUUUGCACGCCUACGUGCUGCGGAUAGAUCCGUCCAACUUCAAGAACUUCUCCCACUGUAUGCUCGUGGCUUUGGCGGUUCACAUGGGUGAAAACUUUACAGAGGUUUUGCACGCCGCAAUGGACAAGUACCUCUCAGCUUUUGCAGCGGUGCUAGCCGAGAAAUACAGAUGAGACGCACAAUAUACAGAACACUUAAUGUACAGUAUUUAUGUAUUUAUUAUAAUAAAAUAUGUGAAAAUAACACAA